UCUGCUAGUGUACGCAGGACAGAGCAGAGUUUACGCACAAACUGCGUAACCCCGCUUCAAAGUGUACUCUGGGAAAACCGGUUAACUGUAAACUUUUCAGUGUUAAAUCCGACGCUUUUUAUUUUGAAGUGUUUAAAUAGAAUAAAACUAAUCGAAGUUAUAAAAAGUGAAUCAAUCUUUUUCAGAAGCUAUAAAGCGCCCUUUCACGGAGAGAUGUAGCGGGUCCAGCCCGGGCUCACCACAGUAGCGGGACAUCAGGCAACUAGUAGCAAUUAUUGUCCAAGAUGGCGACCAAGUCCCCUGAGGGGCCCCCUCCCACCCCUUCCAUAGCAAACACAAUCACCUCCAGAGUACACAAUCUAGGCUCCUCAUUGGCUGGAGCUGGAUCAGCUGCUACUGCUCGGCUUAGAACCGGUUUUACCCAAGUAUCCACUCAAAUGUACUUAGUGACCUCCGCUCAAACCAGAUCUAAAACAAUACUCCUUAGUUUAGGAGCUACAGCAGUACUAGCAACAAUAGUAACUAUUUGUGUAGUAUCAACAUCUUCAGAAGUAGAAUCACAGGUUACAAAUCCUGCAUUCUUCCCUGAAGAAUGGCCGGAUGAGAAAAUCCAGGUGUCAGUGAGAGGAAAACGAAACCCUCAAGCAUUCUCUAAAACUCCCUUCGUUCUCCAGGAAAACAGACAUUUUUCUAAAUUCAAAAUAAAUAAUUUUUUAUUCACAGAAAUCUAUAUCCCUCCUCCUUCCUGGAAUUUUAUCAUUAUAAACUCCUUCCAAUCUCUCUAUAUCAACCCAUUUCCCUCGUAUUUCGUCAACCUUAUCCCCUUUAUACAGGUAACCCUUCAAUCAAAUUAA